CAGCUGAUCGGAGUGAGAAGCCGGUUUGAAGAACGGAGUUGGACCGGAGAGAGAGACCGGGGAGGAACCUCGAGGAGCAGCGAGAAGCAUGGGGUGGGACCGGACAACCGGAUACACAGAUUGGAUCGGGUUUUUUGGUGUUUUAUUUUUUUGGUAAAGGUUUAAACGUUAACACAGGAGUGCAAAAAGCGACCGUUUAAGCGGGUUAAAGUUGAGGGCUUUCGCGUCACGUCGAAACCUCUGGAAGUGUCACAAAAUUGAUUGAGAGUUAAGGUGUGGCUGAUGGUUUCUGUAAGGCUCCUGCGCUGACAGAAAAGCAGAAAAACCGAGUGAUUCCACUCGAGAGUAUUCAGUCAGGAGGUGGGGAGGGCUGAGAGUACACAUCUACCACAUCUACCAGUCAUUUUCAUUAAGGAUUAUAUUACAUAACAAAUGUAAUGCCAUUUGAUUUGCGCACCUUUCCGCUUAAAUCUCCCACGGUGGCCGCGAUUGAUUUGCAGACCGUUGCGCAGUUAAGGAGUUUUUUUUGGAGGGUUUAGGGUUUUUUUCCGAGCGGGUCGUUCUGGUUUCAUAAGUCUGAGAAACGUAACGGACGUGGCAACUUUACAGUAGCCAGCCCCGCUAAAUGCCACAGGCAAACUGGGCGUGUGGGGAGGAGGAUGAGGUGGAAGGGCGAGGAGGAGGAGGGGGGGGUGAGGGAACAGUCCGAACAGAGUCUAAUAAUCCUCAAAUCUCCCCCAAGCACGGCGCAAAUUGCGCAUAUUUGUCACAGUACGGCCACAUUGACGCGCACCUCGGCGGAACCAGAGGAUUGAGCUGAACUAAAGUAAGUGCGACUGUCAGAUACGUUUUUUGCAAACUUUUUUUUCAGGCGGAGGUGACAUUUAGAGGCUACAACCAUUAAAGGCAUUUCAUCGGGUUUUAUUGUCUUGUCAGUAGGAAAUGAAGACACGUAACUAUCCAGCAGCCACUGAAGGUGGUUUCUCGGUUGGUGACGCCUGUGUACAUUUAAAUAUAUAUAUAAAUAUAUAAAAAUAUAUAUUUACUGUAGUUGUUCGUGACACAGCCCGAGGAUAGACUGCGAUGGAGCGGGUGUGUCUUUGCCAAGCCUGACGUUUGCCCGCUGAAUAGACAGAUCUCUUGCUGGAGAGGAGAGGAAAUAUACGAGUUGCUCUUUAUGUUACAGUAGUCUGUUUGACUUGUCAAAGACAACCGAGGAGUCAUUCCUCGGUAUUAUAAUGCGUUUAUAUCACAAUAACGCGAUCGUAAUUGAGUGCACAGGCAGUCUGACCCCGUGUAGUCUAAUUAAGAUAAGCUUUAAGUCCAGGGGAAAGAGUGAAUUCCUCAAGGCCCCACCCUUUGCAGCUCAACAUGGAUGUGAAGAGUAACCCCACCACCACCACCUCUCUCUCCCUCCCUCCCUCCCUCCCUGAGCGUCAUUCAUUUCCCCGUUCAAGCUUGUAUUAUGCUGUUUUUUCCCCCCUCUUCAGUAUCUCCAGGUGUCCACGGUAGAUCUUCUUGUUUUAAAAAGACUUUUUGAGCAUCGCGGUUGGUUCUUCUUCCAGGAUUCUCCAGAGGUUUUAAUAAAUUGAGGUGACCUUCCACUUCCGCACGCAGCUGUGUGACGACGAGCGUACGGUGAUAGAUGACAGCAAAGCGGUUGGAACACCCAUGGAGAUAGUGAUUGGCAACAUGUUUAAACUGGACAUCUGGGAGACCCUGUUGUCCUCUAUGAGGAUCGGUGAAGUGGCGGAGUUCUGGUGUGACAUCGUUCACACUGGUGUCUAUCCACUGGUGUCCAAAAGCAUGCGACGCAUCGCUGAGGGCAAAGACCCAGUCGACUGGCACAUCCAUACGUGCGGCAUGGCCAACAUGUUUGCCUACCACAGCCUUGGCUAUGAAGACCUGGAUGAGCUGAUGAAGGAACCGAAGCCGCUCUACUUCGUCCUGGAGCUGCUCAAGGUGCAGCAGCCCAGCGAGUAUGACAGGGAGUCGUGGGCUCUGAGUGAUGAGGAGAGGCUGAAGGCCGUUCCCGUGCUGCACGGCCAGGGAAACAAACUCUACAAACAGGGACGUUACCAAGAAGCCACACAGAAAUACAAGGAGGCCAUCAUCUGCAUUAAAAAUGUUCAGACCAAGGAGAAAGCAUGGGAGGUCCCGUGGAUGAAGCUGGAGAAGAUGGCCAACACUUUAACGCUUAACUACUGCCAAUGUUUGCUCCGCAUGGAGGAGUACUACGAGGUCAUUGAGCACACAACCGACAUUAUCAAUCAGCACCCAGGCAUAGUUAAGGCCUACUACCUGCGAGGGAAGGCCCACGUGGAGGUGUGGAACGAGGCGGAGGCCCGGCAGGAUUUCAGCAGGGUGCUGGACCUGAACCCGGGCAUGAAAAAGGCUGUCAAGAAGGAACUGGCCAUACUUAACAUGCGUAUGGAAGAGAAGAACGAAGAAGACAAGCUCAAAUACAAAGGCAUGUUUUGACCUGAUUAGACUGAGAGCUGAUCGACUAAAGCAGAAUUCAGCUGUUAAAUAUCAAACCUCUGCACAGGAUACUCACCUACAUGACAGUAUCUGAUAAAAUGAUCCAUCUUAUAAACUGCAAGGUUGUAUCAAACUCCAAAUUAUGUCUGACAAUGUGUAUAAAAAUUAAAGGAAGGACUUUUCACUGUUAAAACCUGACUUAUUGUGGUUUAUAUGUUGUGGAUUUGCAUUAUGAUUAAAUUGUAAUUUAAUAUUUGUUUGUAUUUCUACUCCAUUGUUAAGCAUGGCCAAAAUAUGUACCCAAAUGCUAUAAGUCAGAUUAAAGAGUACAAUAUCUGGCUUUAACUCUUAAACAGUUGGUGUAAUACUCUUAUUAAACCUCUUAAACUAAA